AUGGGUAACGAAGUUCAACCAGUUCACUAUGAUCCAAAGAAUCUUAAAAUACUGUCAAAUGAUUUAGUUACACAAAGCCUUCUCGGUGCUGGAAAAGGUCUACUUAUUGCUGGAUCAACCGCUUUAUUGUUAAAUAGAUUCUCACCUUUAUUUAGAAAUGCAAGGAUACAGGUCAAGACUUUUUAUUACGUGGCAUGGAUAUCAUAUUCGUCGUAUUUCCAAGCUGAUUCUCAUUUGUUGACUUUUCAGAGUAAUGUAUUUAAAGAUGAAGUUAAAAGAAGACAAAAGGCUUUGGACGAUGCUGCUGAAAAGGGAAUAUUCUUAGAAGAAAAAGAUGUUAUUCAGAGUACAAUCAUGAAGAAGUGA